AUGAUACUCCCCCUCCGAUUAGCUGUGCUUUCGAGCAUUGUGGCGACUCUCCUCCUCAUUUAUCAUUUAGUCAUCCCAUCUCAACUUGAGUUAGAAGAUGCACUUUACUUGACAAAGAAUACCUUGAAACAGUUGCGAAUUCCACACUUCUGUAAACAUCAUGAAAACCGCAGUCGUGACCAUGCUGAAUAUUCAAAUGAACUGGAAAGUAACCCAGUGGACCAUAUGACACGUUCCUCUCUUUCCGCAUCAGACUCGGUGAUCGACAUUCUGGGACCGAGUGUGAUGAGAUCAGUCUUUCCAGUAGAUCUGCUCAUGUCAUUUAAUACGUCGAACGAAACGAAGGAGUUUGUUGGUAGAUAUGCAUCAUUUAGCCCCAUAUUAGGGACUCCAAUCCAUGGAAACUACAAAUUCGUUACAGGUUUGGCAUGUUCUCCCUUGUCCCCAGAUGAAAAGCUCAACGAUAAAAUUCUUAUAGUCCUACGAGGGAACUGCUCUUUUGUGGACAAAGUUAAAAACUUACUAGACUCUAACUUAAACCCAAGAGCUAUCAUAGUUGCUGAUGACAAGCCAUACCACAGCUUGAUCACGAUGUAUUCUAAUACUUUCAAUAGAGAUGGCCUACUAACUGUUCCCGUCCUAUUUAUCACCAAUGAAGAUUAUAUUCAGCUUUACAGCUACGAAUUACAGGAUCCAAUAUUGUGCAUCAAAACUUUGUCAAUUGAUAACUGGCUUAGCCUCUUGAUGCUGAUCGCUAUUUCUCCAACGGUUUCAAUAAUAGUGUUUUAUUUGUGCAUACGCGGGUUCCAACUAUGCCAUAGACAGAUACUGAAUUCUGUUAAUGAGAAGUUAGUGAAAACGCUCUCUGUUUACAUAUUUAAUCAGGAUCACUUAAUACCGGUACUGAAAUUUCCUGAGUAUUUGGGGGCUACUGGCCAAACAUGCGAUAUGACGCAAAUUCUGUCUUCUUCCGAAGAUUUACCUGCUGGACAGGAAAUUGAGCUGCAACAGCCUCGCAACGAGAUAUGGAUUAAUGGAGUUGAUAUACGCCUGUUUAAAAAUUGGGGCUUAUUGUUUGCUUCUCAAGAUUAUUACCUCACGUUCAAGUGUGCCAUUUGCCUCGAUAGAUUUAUGCCUCUACAUCUGCGGGUACUUGUACUAAAGUGCAAACAUUUGUAUCAUGAAAAAUGCCUUUCUAAUUGGCUUAUCCACUUUAAGCGUACAUGUCCCUUGUGUAACGAAUGGUUCUCAAUCGGGGAGACACAGCCGUUACUUCACUCUCAGCAUACUGAUCACUUUUCGAUAGACUUGGAAAGCCAAUCUGAUACCCCUGCCGCGCCUAUGCAUAGCGAAGUACAAAGCGCCAAUUCUUUAUUGUCUAUAAACCCGGCGCAUAGUAUUACACCAGCUAGUCAUUUGAGUGGAUCACAACUUCAAACGCAAUCGAUGAUGUUCACUCAAAAUAUUAGCCUGACUCAGGAGAAUGCUGUAACGGAGGUUCAAACGGGAUCUUUAGCCUCAAAUUAUACUGUCCACACUUCUGAUAGUAUGAUAUCUCACGACUCCUUCAAGACAACGAGAACGCACAAUACUGAUCAAAAUUCUUUCACUAGUAACUACGUCACACCACAGCAAAGCUUCGACUCAGGAACUGAAGGUACUUAUCUGGAAACAUCCAGUAAAGUCACCAUCAAAGGACCUGAUUCCUUUAUGGAUGCGAGAGAAGAGUAA